AUGAGUGGGAGGGACCUACGAGUGUUCAUCACAAACCAUCGUGCAGAUGAUUUAGAGAAGCUGACCCAGCGGAUAAAAGAUGGACUGGGAAGCUCCAAGUACAAACCAGUUCAAUACGAACAACUAGAGGCUAUUGUAGAGGCCAAACGCUUCUCAGCUGAACUGACUGAACAAAAGGUCCAGAGGACCCUGCACGCAGCCCAGGUGAGGAAGGAGAGAAGUCAGUUGAAACAACACAAGCAGGUGUGGUGUAGAGAGAAGGACAGACUGUGCAAAGCAGGAAAGAAGGCUGAAGCAGACGUUAAGAGUUUUCUUGGACUGUGUGGACGGGAGAAGAGAAAUAAUUUGAGCACAUUAACCAAGCUGUUGGAGUAUGACCUGCAGUUGGAGCAGGAGCGGGAAGAUUUCCGAUUGGCCACAGUGGAGCCUGUCUGGCAGCUGAGAGAGGACCUGCUGUUCCGUCUGAGAGCUCAAAGCACCUCGGCCAAUCAGCACGCAGAGUGGGAGCAGGUCCUUCAGCAGGUUCGCUUUGUCAAGGAUCAGCAGGAGACCAUUAUGGAAAGACUGAGUUCUGAGUGUCUUUCUUUGGAGCAGGAGAUUGCUAACGCCAGACUGGAGGAGAACCUCUGCCCUGCUGCUUCAGAGGUUGCGGCAGAGCUGGAGAAGGUUCCGGAAGAUCUCUCGACCGCAGAGUGUCCGUAUCCUGAGCUUAGCUCCUCUCUCAUCCAAGAGUUUCACUCCCUCACAGACAAAUACAAGGCCAGACUAGAGACGAUUGAGAACAGACUACAGGGUCUGGACAGGUACUGCGGUUGGUCUCCGGAGGAUCACCUGCUCUUUCAGGCCACAGUGGCCCAGUACCCACCUGAGCUCCUCAACCACAGGACUCUGUAUAUGGACAUGCUGAAGAGACUCUUCCCUCACACCUCCAGACAAGAGCUGAGUGCUCACGAGCGGACCUGGGACUGGUACCGGUUCAGUGUGGCACAGCAGAGGCUGGUUCUGCAAAGCUGGCAGAGGGAUCAUGAGGAGCUGUUCCUGAGGGCACUGGUUACCAUAGAGGAGGCCAGACAAACCCAUCAGAAACAGCAAGCCCUGCAAAACGACCACAUUCAACAACAACUCAUCUGCAGGGAGCUCAGAGAGAAGCUGCAGCGGUGGCGUGCCCAGCAGGAGGAGGUGGCCAGGCUGGAGGCUGCCAUUGCUGCCCGGUGGCGUGAGGAAGAGGAGGAGAGACUGAGGAAGGAGCAAGAAAAGGAACAGGCCAGGAGAGCUCGUCAAAAAGAACAAGUGGAGCGUUUCUAUGAGGAGCAGCAGCGGAGGAGAGAGGAGCAGGAGAGGAGAGAUCAGCACAGACUAGCACAGCUCAGGACACAGAUGGCAGCACAAGCCAAGAGAGACAGAGAGAGGGUGAAGUACAGAGUGGAGAUGAUGCGGCAGAGAAUGCAAGAGCGUGAGGCCAAAGAACAGCAAAGACAGAGGGAGGAGGAAGAGAGAGAGGAGAGACUACAGGCCCUCCGUAAUCAGGUUGCUGUCACAGUAGAGGCAGAUCCAGAGAGGAUGAUGGGAAACACCGAGGCCUGGAGGGUUCGCCAGCAUCCAGAGGAAGACGAGUUUGUGUUACACAGACCUCUUUAUCACCUAUACACGUACACGGACACUCAGAUCGUGUCAGACCCGAGGGUGCGACUGGAACAAGCUCUCCGAAACGCAGGUCUCCACGCUACAGCCUACGCCAGAGAGGUUCUCUCUGGGGUUCCACCCCCCAGACCUCCCCGACGGGACACGGAGUCAACAGCAUUCAGGUCCUGA